GUGGAAGAAAAUUUUGUUUACAAGUGAAAAAAAAAAAAUGUAGCCUUCAUUUGCAUUUGCCCGCUUGGGUCUGAGACCCCAGAGAGCCCGGUGCUCUGGUCAAACGAGACCAAGACCCACCCUUUGCCCUGGAUUCAAAGCAACUCAAAACUAAUGCAGCUAUAGUGAUCAGUCACACACACAGGGCCUGACUGUUCCCAGACCUGUAGAAUCCAGGAAUUACCUGAAAAAGAACCCGUGAGCUAAAAGAUCUCUAAAGAAAUUCAAGGAUGGAUGAAAAAUAAACUCACUGAUGUCUCUGUAAAGGGUUAUCAGUCUGGUUCUGAGACGCCGGGACUCCAGCAGCGCUGCCAGCUCACUUAGGCGGUCGCUGAAGAACCCAGAACAACAUCUAAAGCACUGCAGGUCUCUCCUCCGUUAAGGUCAGCGUUCAUGAUUUGAUAAGAAAAAGACCGGACCACAAUGGAUCCCAGGCAAAAACAACUUCCGACCGUCUCAGAUUUCUGGGAAACUAUUUUCUAGACUUGGGGAGGGCAAAAGCAGCUCUUUGGAAUUUUUUAUUUUUUUUCAUCCAGUUACAUGUGGAUGAAACUGACAGCAAUUCAGAACAUAACCUGCAGUCAUACAUGGUGGACUAUAGUGUGAUUCGAUGGGGCCGCUUUGUGGCCCGGACAACUUGCCCCAAUAGAUAGACACAUGAAUGGAACUAAGCCCAUCUCUGAAUGGCUCGAAAAAAAGGUUGCUUUUAAAGUGGCCUAGUCAAAGUCGAGCGUUAUGUCUGAUUAAGUUGCUGUGGAGUGACCCUGAACAGACCACUCAAGCUCACAAAAGCCUCCAGCGACGCUGAAUUAAAACAAUUAUGCAAAGAAGAGUGGACCUAAAUUCCUCCUCAGCAACGGAAAAAAACUCCCCGUAAACAAUAGACAGGCAGGAGCCUAUUCCUUUCCACCCCUUUCCUUUUCUAAAUUAAGUUCAAAACUAUGUAUUUUCUUUUAAAAUUAGACUUUGGUCAUCUAAAGCAUUUAAGCGUGACGACAAAGCAAAAACAGGAGGCUGCUAGGGGAUUCCUUAUCUAGAUAAUGGCACACAGUUUGUGUGAGUGCCAGAGCAUUAGGGCAUGGCUGUACUUUUCCAUUCGGGGGGAAACUUUGUUACAUCCACUUCAUCAGAAGGAAACAUGUCCAGUCUGUGCAGAUACAAAUUAAGAACACUAUCUGAGGAGGAAAAUGCCAAGGACUGGGGAAGAUAUGCCCAAGUAAAUGGUGGAAAAAAACGUCAAGGACGGACCUCCAGAUCUGACUCUGUCUGCUUUUGACAUAAAAAUUAAAGGCUAGAUGUCAGGAAGAGGGUCUCUUUGUAGUUUGUUUUCAUUUAAAGAAUAAGUAAAUCAUAAAGUAGGGAAUCUAUUUGCAAAAAGCUCCUCCGAGGGACUCCCAGCGGAGACACUUCAGUGCUCACCCGCUUGUAGUAAUUUUCCACUCCCUGGGCUCACACAGGAAGAAAGAAAGAAAGAGGAAAGGCUACAUGAUCUCCACCGUCGUGUCCGCAGCCCCCUCAGAACCACCCUCCUCUUGCUCAGGAGAAGUCGUCCAUCCUGAGCUCUCUGACCGUUUUCCUCCACGAUGGCUCUGCACACCGCCGGUCUGAUAGUGAUGGUCGGCUUCUACCUGCUGGUGAUGGCCAUCGGCAUCUGGGCCUCCGUCAAGUCAAAGAGGAUGGAGAAGAGCUCGCUGAGUGGGCAGAUGGAGGUGUCUUUUCUGGCCAACCGGAGGGUAACUCUAGCAGUGGGAGUCUUCACAAUGACGGCCACAUGGGUCGGAGGUGCUUUCAUCAUUGGGGUUGCAGAGACGGUUUACGACCCCACAAAGGGACUCGUCUGGGCCCUCAUACCUCUGCAAAUGUCCCUUUCAUUCAUCAUCGGUGGGCUGUUCUUUGCAAAGCCAAUGAGGGACAAAAAGUACAUCACUAUGAUGGACCCCUUCCAGGAGAAGUACGGAAAGACGCUCACUGGGCUCCUGGCUGUUGUUCCGUUCAUCAGCGAAGUGAUGUGGGUUCCUGUCACGCUGAUUUCUUUGGGAGUUACUGUUUCAGUCUUUUCCGAUCUGCCGUUGAGCCUCUGCAUCUGGAUCUCGGCGGCGGUGGCCAUCCUCUACACUGUUCUUGGAGGUCUUUAUUCAGUUGCUUUUACCGAUGUCAUCCAGUUAACGCUGGUGUUUUGUAGCCUGUGGCUCUGUGCUCCCUUCGUUCUGGCGAGUGAUGUUUACUCUGACCUCAGCCUGACGGUCUUCAACCACACACAUCAGGAGCCCUGGCUUGGACGACUUGACCCUGACGACAUGUGGAGAUGGAUUGAUAACUUCCUCGCAAUGAGCGUCGGAAAUUUGGCUUUCCAAGACUUCCACCAAAGAACGCUUUCAUCGUCCUCCACCUCCACAGCCCGGAUGAUGUGCUUUAUAGCUGCAGGUGUCGUCCUCAUUCUCGGGAUUCCACCUGUGCUGAUUGGUGCUGUCGCGGCCUCAACAGACUGGAACAUGACCUCCUAUGGAUCACCGUCUCCGUACGAGCGAGGAGAGGCAGCUAUGGUGUUGCCCAUCGUCCUUCUGCAUCUCACCCCUACUGCCGUUUUCGUCGUGGGAAUGGGAGCUAUCGCUGGUGCUGCCAUGUCGUCCACCGACUCCUGUCUGCUGGCUGCGACCUCCAUCUUCACCACCAACAUCUACAAGCUGAUCAGAAAUCAGGUUUCCGACAGAGAGCUGCAGUGGGUGAUUCGCAUCACCAUCCUGGUCGUGGGCAUUGGAGGAACGUCCCUCACCUACCUGGACAGCAGAGUUCUGGUUUUUUGGAUCCUGAGUUCGGACCUGACCUACACUAUAAUGCUCCCCCAGCUGAUUUGUGUCCUCUUCAUCAGGAUUUCUAACAGCUACGGGGCGACGGCUGGCUACAUUGUGGCUUUUGUAAUGAGAGUUCUGUGUGGGGAACCGGUGUUUAGUCUGCCUGCUGUGCUGCGUUUCCCGGAUGGGACAGUGGAGGACGGUGUUUAUAUACAACGCUGGCCCUUUAAGACCAUCUGCAUGCUUUCUUCUCUGCUCUCCAUUGUCGCAGUUUCGUUUAUGGCUUCGCUCUUGUUCAACAAGGGGAUCCUUCCAGAGAAUUGGGACGUUUUCAAGGUGAAAGCGUGGGGAGGUUUAUCACCACCAGAGGGAGCUCCAGAGUCAGACAACGACAAUGAAAAAGUUGCCUCUGAACCAAUGCUGAACUCCAAAUGCUAAAUACGCCCUCGUCUGUUUCUGCUGAUGUGAUGCAUGGUACUGUGAUGUAAUGAUUGUGAUGGAAUUUUUAUACUGACGGUUUAUUGUGUUAAAUAAAGCUGACAUUCAAAGUCAA